UAUAAACACUUUAAAACCGACCAGACAUAUCCGGUGUCGUCAAUGAGUAUGUCGAGUAUGUUGUGCAUUAUUCAAAGCGCUCUGCGCAUCACGGAGCUAAUUAGGAUUUCUGUAUAAAUAAGGCCGCAGAUGGGACAGCUCGGCCUGUCCUACCGCUGAUGUCGGAGGUAUAGAGGUUAAACCCCUUCAAAGAGCUGCAAGCUGCUCCAACAUGCACACACUCUGACCCGCCUCACGGAUGGGACUCUACUCGAACCGGACCUACGGAGAUAUCCCGCAUAUUUCAAUCUUCAACCCAAAAAGUCUUUGGUUUAUGAACGCAGAGAAGAUCCACUGGGAAGAUUGAUGUUUUUGCAGACUUUUAAAUGGCACUUGGCGCGAGCUAGACAGACUCCUACCUUUAUGUGACUGAGAAGGUCUCUUAAUGUUUUUUUUUAACCAAUAUCCUGCAGCUCCAGCGGAGGAAGAGAUUUCUUCACCGGGUUGUUUUGGUUUCCGAGGGGGGGAAGACGAAGUGUUUUUGGGUGUUGAUACUUUCACUCGAGUAGAAGAUCUGAAAACUUCCACCACUGCAGAGAUCUGGGAACGAGGACACUAACAAGGAGUCCGGCGGGGCGAGAAACAAACACGAGCAGUCAGAUGAUCCGACAGAUUGUAAACAAACCCAGAGGUUUGAUUUUCUCCUGUGGUGUUUGUGUGGAGCGUGCGACACACCCACUCCACAACAACGACGGCUUUGGCUUGCAUCUUCCAGUGUUUCUUCUGUCAGCAAGUCCAGCAGAGCUGCAACUCUUCCAGUGCAAGCCCGGACACCAGCGAAGAGCCCUGCCCCACUGACAUGGUGAAGAUGACCAAGUCAAAGACCUUCCAGGCUUACCUGCCAAGCUGCCACCGCACCUACAGCUGCAUCCACUGCCGGGCACACCUGGCCAACCACGACGAGCUCAUCUCAAAGUCAUUUCAAGGCAGUCAAGGAAGAGCCUACCUGUUUAAUUCAGUGGUGAAUGUCGGCUGCGGGCCAGCUGAGGAGCGGGUACUCCUCACAGGUUUACAUGCUGUGGCUGAUAUCUACUGUGAAAACUGUAAAACCACCCUAGGUUGGAAAUAUGAACACGCGUUUGAGAGCAGUCAAAAGUACAAAGAGGGAAAGUUCAUCAUCGAGCUGGCUCACAUGAUCAAGGACAACGGAUGGGAGUGACGCUCCUCUUUUCUUUCUCUGACCUUGGAAUGCUCUUUAUUGAACUGCGUGGAGUGACGACCAUCGACCACCCUGCCCCCUCCAUAAACCCCCUUAAAAAGAAAAACUCCACGAACCUCGACCCCCCUCGCCUCCUUCACGUGCACACACACCCACCUGCUCAUCGCGAAAGUGACCAGAACAAAUGACAUUUUUAGAAAAACGACGACGAGGAAGCGGAGCAACUGUUGAAAAAUCACGUCACAGGAGUCCUGUCGUUAUGUUAAAGAUUGUGUGUUCUCCUUCGCAGCGCCGGAGCUUUUUGAGGUUCCACUUUUCUCACUCUCACCCCCUCCCCCCCACCGAGCCACGCUAACAAGUGAUUGUGGUGAUAUGGCGACCACUAUGCGAAUGGAGAUAGACUUCACCGAGGGGACAUGUCUUUGUUUUCUUUAUUUCGCCCACCCAGCGAGACGGAUGCUGAUUAUUUUAAUGUUAUUUGCUUUAGUUUUAACUUCUGGGUUUGGUAAGGUUUUGGUUUUAUGGCAGAUGGAUGUUACUGGUUAGCAUUUUAUUUCCCUGUCAAGUCUUUCAUGUUUUGUUUCUUUGUUGUUGGGUUUUUUGGCUUGUUGUAUCUCUGCCUAUAGCUGAGCAUGCUUUUCUUUGCUAAUGUCCAAAUGAGCAAUCAGGGACGGGUGGGGCGCGGAGGGGAAAGGGAGUUUUGUAUUUACAAAUAUGUAGCAGCAUCUUGCUUUUUCUUUUUGUUUAAGGACAAAAAAGUGGCAAAAGAUGGGAUUGCAGUAAUCCCAUUUUUUUAUUCCUGAUUUUUCGUUUUAUCUUUCUUUUCUUUCUUGUGAAAUUUCCCCCCUUCUGGUACUUUUCAGCACCCAAAAAGCAUUGGAAGCAGCACCUACUAUUUGUUGGACAUAAAUGGAUAUGUAUACAUAUAUAUCUAUAUAUGAAUAUAUAGAUAUAUUAAUAUUUGUAGUGUUUGGCUAAGUGCGAUUGUGGCUGGUCCCAUUUUGCAGCAGUACCACAAGUGAAAAAGAACUGAAAAGGUGCAGAAAUCGUUUCUAGACUGGAGAAACCUGACGUCAGUGGCCACAUGUCAUAAAGCAUUAAGGCAGACUGUAUUAUUCCAUUGUCUAGUAAUGAAACAAUAAGACACACAACUACAUAUGAAUAUAUAUACACACAUACUAUGAUUACAUAUCCAUAAAUACUAUGAAAAUGUUCGUAGUACGUAGAUAUUGGAACAUGGAUUCUGAAUAUAUUUGCUGUCAUGUAUAUACGCAUAUGACUGUGUGUAUAUAUGCAUUGUGUGUGUGUGUGGUCACGCAUUACACAGUGACAUACUUGAACGAUGCUACUUCGUUUGCACUUUGCAGAGGCCUUUGGUUCAUCUCAGUUUAGAGGCAAAACCUUUCUUCGCUCUCGUCUGUUUUUUGUUUUUUUUAAAUGGCCUUUUCACAGAUGAACGACGGAUUGUUGGAGACGGAAAGAAAGUUUGACCUGGACGGUUUGAGGUUGUUUUUGUCGUCUCUGUUACGACAGUAGUUAGAUGCUUCUAUAUGAUUUGGUUUUAUUUCAAUAAGAUCGACAAAUUUAGCUUUUACUCUCAGUUUUUGCUUGAGAAAAGUGUAGUUUCCGAUUCUUUGCUGCUAUCGUAGAAAUCUCGCCAUUUCCUUCCCGCUCUUGUAGGUCUUUUGCACUUUAAAUGCUUAUCCGUCUCUCUCUCUUAGAGCGUAUGAAUUGUCUCUUCGUGAUUUGCCUCUAAGCUGUAUGAAUCUUGUGCCUCUUCAAAACAUGAACAGCCUCCCCUCUUAUUUUUCUGUUGUGCAGUGCAUAACUCCGAAAACCUUUGUGUGAACCGAUGUGUCUUCCCCCCCUUCUGGUUCAAAGUGGCCCUCAAAAAUAACAUUCUUCACCAAAAUCCUCAUGGAGCUUUUUUUUUGACAACAGAAACUUAUACAUACACACUUAUAUUUUCUACGUUAAGAUUUAGAGGUGCACAACAGAUGGAUAUUUAGUAUAUUAUUUCUCAGAGUAGAGCAAAGAGGAGGAGGUUUGAAACAUGCCGGAUGCGCAACUUUUUGUUUGACUUUUUAUUGGAAGGAUAACAAAAGAAAGAUGGCAGCAGGUGGAGGUGAGGCAGGCGGGAUGGGAUGGGAGAGAUUUAAAAAUCAGCAGUGAUUGAUUACUUUGCCGGCAAGGUCAGUCAGAUCACAUGACCUUUUAUCCUAAAAACGAUGACAAUGCAAACCCUUAAUAGUUAGCAGUGAUACCUACUUGAAAAUCUAAAGACAAACAGCUGAGAUAUUGGCCCGUGUUACAGUUUUUGUACAUAAACUAACAUAUUUAAGGUUUUAUACGUAUUUCUACUGGGUUAGUUAUUUUACUUCCCCAACUUGAAGCACUUUUGUUCACUGUACCUCUGACUGUGUGUGUGUGUUUGUGUGUGUGUGCGCGCAGGUGUAUUAGCCCACAUGCAUGCCUGCACACAAAAGUGAAUGUUUAGUUUCUUUUCCUCAGACAGUUUAUUUCUCUUUUGUUUUUCCUCCUUUUUUUUGGUUUGGGAGUGUUUUUAUUUGUCCUAUUGUUUUUUUCUUUCGCAGCUGUUUGGUUUCUCUCCCGGUGAUCUGUGAGGUCGAGAGCCAGGUUAGUUUGUUUUGAAAGUGAUUUAUCCCUGUUUUGUUUUGUUUUUCUGUUAGCUUGUUUAUUUAGCUUAUGUGGUGAGAGCCCGUUAGAGGGCCGGUGUUUAGGUCUCUGCUGAGCCAUGUAGACAUAGAGGGCGAGCUGGAAUCUCCCACCAUGUCGCAAGGAGAGCCUUUACCAAGACCCUUUCGCCACCACAGUCAGUGUCUCCUGUAAAGAGGGCUUUCAGGUGAUGAAACACACCCUCUGACGGCCAUUUUUGGAGGUCCUUAGCUUUUGGCAACGCUGGCUGUAAAUAUCCGAUUGUAUUUCUUGAUUUUUGUCCUGGGUUUGACCGAAAAUGAACGGUUACUUCCCUGAUCUAUUUGAUUUCUUGUUUUGAUAAUUUGGCUUGUAAGCUACCUGAGCAUAGUUGCUAGAUCCAAAUACUGGGGCUGCGUCCUUUGAAGUGUGCAUUUUGAGGACUCUAUUUUUAACAUUUCAAAUGCAGCACUGUGUGUCCUACAAUCUACUGCACACCUGUCGUUUAAAAAACAACUGUUUUGGCUGACAGCCAUUGGUUCAACUUCUCACCUGGCUGCAGUGAUGUAGAAGUGUACUCCAGGGGGCGUCUAUCGUUUAUACAUCCUACUUUAGAUGAAACCACGGCAACUUCCGUAUGAUUAAAGUCUCACGCAGAACACAGAAACUGCGCUCUGAAAUAUGACUACAGUAGCUUGGAAAAUAGCGACAUGAGGAACUGUAUAUCAUGAAUUUAAUGUUUUUCAGACCAAAUAAUUAGCUAGCUAGCAAAUUCCAUAGUCUGUCUACCCAGCCGCUGGCCACCAGCCAGCUGUUCGGCUCAUUUUCUGUAACCAGUGUAGCAUGUAAGCACGGUGGAAUUAGCAAGCUAGCUUGCUAAGUAGCCAGCCGCUAAAGGAUGGAAGUGGGCGUGGUUUCCUCUAAAGUGGGUUUGAAAAAAUGAUGGAUGCCUCCAAGUGUUGGUCAGUACCUCGUGACUGUCACUGUUGGUUGUGGUUAGAGGUGCAACAAAGCACAUUUUGGACUACAACCACCAGUGAUGCAGGGUGUGGAACUUUCCACCAGAGAGGGCAUUCAAACAAAACUUCUCAGCCUUGUGUGAUGUGACUCUUUAAUGGUGCAUUCAAGCGAUCUUCUUCAAUUCGUUAAGUCGGGAAAUACGACGAUACCUCAUUGAUAUUUGUGUUCCUGUUGUCAUCAGUGCUGGUAAACUGGUUACAUUUCAUAAACUUCAGUAUCACAAAACUGGGUAUCACGAAUGGGAGUUGAAACUGUAGAUGCUUAAAUUUCGAGUUUUUCCGAGCACUCGUCUGUGUUGGCUCAGAAGUCCUUAAAGUGCUCAGAACAUCUACAACUCUAUCAUAACUGGGCAACUCCUGUGAUUAUUUUGUCAAUUUUUAAUUGACUUUGGGAGUAGACAAGGCGCACCUGAAAGCAUCAUUGGUUUUAUGUGCGUGAGGCUACAGUAGUCUUUACUUCCACCGAAGGACACACUUUCGAGGGUUGCAGCUCCAGAAUUGGGAUGCAGCUUUUAUCUGUUCAGCCAGCCUUCACUGUCUGAUAUGAUGAACAUAUCUGGCUGAAAAUGUCAAAAUGUAGCCCUUUGUUUAGUUUUUACUUUAUUAACUUUUUCCAAAGUCAUAGAGCAAAGAGAAUGGCACUGGUAGCUACAUUUGGAAAUGAAAAUAAUUUACCUUUCCAGACCCUUCACUUCUGCUUACAUGGUUACUGAUUGGACUUGUUAACUGUUCCAUACACACAGCCAGCUCCUCCAAAGGACCUCCAUGUUGCGCCAGCAGUGGUUGCUUGCAGAGCCUCUACUCGCCCUUCGAUCAGUCAGUCUAAGUUGAACCAACGAAAAGCAGUUGCCAGUGUCACCGCCGGUGUGUACCAAAUAAGAACCAGGUGCUAUCGAAUGCAUCAGUGUCAUGUGUCAGUGGGCAGGAAGGAAGCCAGGGGUUGAGCGUCUCCUGGAGAUUCAACUGCUAUACCAAAAUUAAAGAGGAGAAAUCCUGUAACGUACGACAUUGUCUUUCUGUAGAAUGUUUUGAUUCUCUGAACUUAACAGCGUCAAAGCAGCCUGGAUGAAAAAUGUAGAUAUUUGCUGCUGAAAAAACUGUUUACUUUUUAUUGUUAUUUUUGUUUUAUUGUGACACUGGCUACCUACUUUUUGAGCUCCGUUACUUUCUAAAAACGUACCUGAAAGGUGAUCAAAGGCAAGAUGGGUAUACAGGGGAAAAGACUGUACAAGAUCUUUUCUUAGGGCUGUUAAACUACAGUUUAAGGUCUAAAGCAUGUUGUAUUUAUAAAGGCUAUAUGUCGUGCCUGUUUUAUUUGAUUUUUUCCUAAAUUUAAAAACAAAACUAUUAUAUGCUUUUUACUUGACUACAUUGCUUUGCAUUCUGUCUUAGUAAAGCCAUGUCACAUGUCUGUUUUCACUCUAAUGUAAACUAUCAGAUAUCACAAUAAAUUUUCAAUGGCAUUAAGUUGUG